AUGGAGGAUUUUGACAUCAAAUUCAACGUGAUAGUUUCCUUAUUCAAUUGGAUGCAGAAGAGCAAAUCCUCCUCGAUGAAGCGUUCCAAGUUCCGUAAAUUUCUCGAUGCUUUUUGCCAGAAACCUGGGGACUAUUUUAGCGCCAUCCGCGGGGUGGCGGGAGGAGGGGGUCGCGCUGGGGAAAGGGCAGGGGGGUGGCAGGGGAGGGGGUUGCGCAGGGGAGGUGGCGGGAGAAGCUGGGGAAAGGGCAGGGGAUGGGCGGGGGGAGAGAGUGGCGGAGAAGCUGGGGAAAAGGCAGAGGUAGCGGGGAGAAGCUGGGAAAGGGCAGGGGAUGCUGGGAAAAAGGGGCGGGUGGCGGGGGGAAGUCUGGAAAAGGCAGGGGUGCUGUGGCAGAGGAAAGGGCAGGGGCGGGGGGGGCAGGGGCGCGGGGGAGGGGGUCGCAGUGGCAGAGGGGGAAGGGGCAUAGGGGUGGCGGGGGGGAGGAGGUUACGGUGGCGGGAGGAGAAGGGGAAAGGGAGGAGAGGGGUGGCGGGCGUGACUGCUGCUGGGAGGUUGGAAGCAACUGCAAGAAAAAGCUUUCUCAGGGGUGUCUGGAAUAAGAUUGUAGGCCCCUUGACAUCAAUUUCUAGGAAGAAGUAUUUUCCUUUGAUAACAUCUGAUGUUGCAAUCUCCCUUAAUUCCUGCAGGGCUUUAGCAACAUCAUCAGAUGUUAUGCAGAUGAAUUCAAAGUAA